AUGCUACAGUCGAACCACCGAUUCGAGCCUCCUGACGAUUGGGUACUGGGCCCGCCACAUGCCGAUGGAUCGCAGGAGCGCUGGCGGAACAGCAUCAGACAAGCUUAUCGACUCAAGAACUGGCAGCUGCACAUCGCGGACAUCGACCUGGUCCUUCGUGAUAGCAAGCAGACGGAGAUCGCUCGACUUGCUGUCUACCGCUGCCAGCCAUAUGUGUCUUUGACACGUGGCAGGAUCGAAGAGUACUUUCGCAGUCGAGAAAAUGCGACAGGAUGCCUUUGUGUCGUCGGUGUUGCGGAAGUGGCUGAGGACAUGGAGAGUGCUUCCCUUGUGAUUCGCAGACGAUCCGUGCCAGACGAUCAUGACAGACUUGACGCAUCAGAGACUACUGUUGGUCACCCACAAGCAUCAGCCAAUCAAGUAUGUGCUGACAAGCCGAAAAAGCCACAGCAGGAGCUUAGUGCCAAUGCUUCUGGAGUCAAGGAGUUGCACGGGCAGAUCGGUCAUAGUGAUGACGGGUACAACGAUGGGUUCAGCGAGGACGAGUACCUUUAA